AUAAUUCAUAUCAUCUUCUUUCUUUCUCUCUCUCCUAUUCAAAACUUUCUGUUCCAAUCACCAUUGAAAAGCAUACGUACAAACCUUUCCCCCAUUUCUCUCUCUCUCUCCAUAUUAUUUGUUAUUACUGCAACAAAGAACUGUAAAUCUUCUCUUUCCUUUUAUUUCCACAGAUUUUUAUUGGUUUCUCGAAUUUGAUGAUCCCUUUUUGCUUACAGGAUCCACCGCCAUGGCUACAUAAUCACUGACCCAUUUCACAAAAUAAUUCCUUCUUCUUCCCUCCAUCUCCUUUUCUCCCAUGGCGUAUCACAAUCACCUCUCUCAAGACCUUCCUCUUCACUUCUCUGACCAUCACCACCAAAAUCAACCUCUGUCUGAUUCUUCUUCUCUCCGUAACAUUUUGCCGGACCAACUUCCCGCCGGCCACACCUCGCCGGACCCCAAGUCUCAACAACCCCAUCAUCACCACCAUCAUCAACACCCUCUUCAGACUGCCCCCAAUUGGCUCAACAACGCACUCCUGCGUAACCAAAACCCCCAUUCUCACUUCUCUACCGACACCGCCACCACCGCCGCUGCUGCUAAUACUAAUUUCCUCAACCUUCAUACAACUGCAUCUGAUUCUACCGUUUCUCACUCCUCUAACCAAUGGCUUUCCCGUCCGAUUCUUCACCGAAACCAUAGCGAUGUUAUAGAUGAUGUCGCCGCCGGUGAUGCUAUGAUCGGUGCUGCCACUGCUGCGCUGUCUCAUGAUUCUGGUGACUUGAAGAACGAUGCUAAUAGUGGUGAUGGAUUGAAUAAAAGUGAAGGUAUGGUGAUGGAACCUGGUGCGGGUGGAGAAGGGGUUUUGAAUUGGCAACAUGCUCGUUAUAAAGCUGAGAUUCUUGCUCAUCCUCUUUAUGAGCAGCUUCUCUCCGCUCAUGUUGCUUGUCUUCGUAUCGCGACCCCGGUCGAUCAAUUACCGAGGAUCGACGCUCAGCUCGCUCAGUCUCAGAAUGUCGUCGCCAAGUACUCCGCCUUGGGUCACUCGGCUCCGCCGUCCAUGGUUGGUGAUGAUAAAGAGCUCGAUCAAUUCAUGACACAUUAUGUUCUUUUGCUUUGUUCAUUCAAAGAACAACUCCAACAACAUGUUCGAGUCCAUGCUAUGGAAGCAGUAAUGGCUUGCUGGGACAUUGAGCAGUCCCUACAAAGUUUAACAGGAGUUUCACCUGGCGAAGGUACAGGAGCAACAAUGUCCGACGACGACGACGACCAGGUUGACAGUGAUGCAAAUGUGUUUGAUGGAAGUUUAGACGGUCCAGACACCAUGGGAUUUGGCCCUCUUAUUCCCACAGAGAGUGAGAGGUCCUUAAUGGAGAGGGUCAGGCAAGAACUGAAGCACGAAUUAAAAUCGGGUUACAAGGAGAAAAUUGUUGAUAUAAGGGAAGAAAUUCUGAGAAAGAGAAGAGCUGGAAAACUCCCUGGUGACACCACCUCUGUCCUCAAACAAUGGUGGCAAUCACAUUCAAAGUGGCCUUAUCCUACGGAGGAAGACAAGGCAAGAUUAGUGCAAGAAACUGGUCUACAACUGAAACAGAUAAACAAUUGGUUCAUUAACCAAAGGAAGAGAAACUGGCACAGCAAUCCUUCAAGUUCUACAAACUUGAAAAGCAAACGCAAAAGAAGUAAUGCAGGUGAAAACAGCAGCGACCGUUUCAAAUGACUUGUAAUUUCAACUUCAACAACCAACAAAAUCCCUGUUUUUCAACACUUUUUUGCUACAGCAAUAUAAACCCAACCCCCCAUACUAAUUAUUUGGAGGUUAUUCAUUUUAAGCCUUGCAAAACAAACAUAGUUAUCGCUUUGACCGAAGAAGUUAAGGAUGAAAUUAAGAGACGGUACGAUCGAGAACGGAGACGAAGAAAUAUGUGCAUGCUAUACGUGUCGUGGGGCGCAAGCGCGUAAAGAUCGAAAAGCUGCUGAUGAUCAACUAAAAGAUCAAUAUGAAGAAUGUCAAGGGUUUUUCUUUUUCUUCUAUGAUAUGGUGGUUAGAAGAAGUUGAUAUUUAGGAGUAUUUUAGUGGAAAUGAAUUGGAUACUCCACAUGGAAUGGAGUUAUGAUUUUUGUUUUAGCUUCUUCGUGUAUGUGAAUAAUUAAGAAAGGUGAUGGGUUAUAUGGGUGUACAGUUUUAAUAAUCUGUGCAUUGUUUCCUCACAGUACAAUACAUGUCAUUAAUAUAGCUCUUUUUUAAACAAAAAAAAUUAUAUACAUAUA